UCAAUUAAACUUCAAAGUUCAAAUUUCGAAGGGAAGGAACUUUUCAGCGACCUGCGAAAAGGAAUUUACUGUACGUUCAUGCCCAUUUAGGGUUUCGCCUCUUAGAACCUAUUUGCAGGGUUGGUUGUGCAGGCCAUCUGAAGGAUCCCAGCCGUCUGAUGUCGCGCGCGCUCUCUCGGUAUGAGGUGGUCUGUCUGGGGCUAGUCAGGAAUCGGGCAGAAAAUCGCAGAGGACCCAACUUUCCUCCAACUCCAAGCCCAGAUACAGAAAGCGACGGGAGUACAGGGACUGGCUAAAGAGAUCCAGAGAAAGGCGUCGCAAUAUACCUAUGAUUAAAUUUACGGGUCUUGAUUACGGAAGCCGCAAAGUUCUACUGUUGGUCAGGAGCCCGUCGACAGGAGCGCCGCUUGCAGGCAAACCAACUCACAGCGUGCUCACAGCGGGCGAGCAGUUUGGCGCAACUCUGAGGAGUAGGACUCGAGGAUCCUCAGAGGCGGGGGGCUGAGCAUCAGAAGACUCGCGGAAUAGAGGCAGUGGUAAUUAGUUGCAAAAAGGGAGCAGCAGUUUACAGCUGUAGUCAAUUCGGGCGUAGCGCGGGAGGCCGCAAACAUGGAACAAAGGGCGAGGCUUUUGCUUGGCUUUGCGUUGCUCGCUGCGGCCGCAAGCGUCGGAUAUGCCCAGAGUUCCGAACAGGAGCCUUACCUCGUCUUUCCAGGCGGCCAGGGCCCCUUCAUUCCGCACAAGCCGCCUCGGAAGGACGGCAUCAGCCCGAAUGCUUCGGCGGGUUUCAUCACCGGUUUCUCCAUCGUGUUCUGCGUCCUACUGCUGCUGACGACGGCCGUCAUCAAGCUGUAUGCUGACGUCAAGCGGCUCCGGGCUGAUGUGGAUGCCCACCGCGCACAGGAGGAGAGCCGGCUGAUCCUUUCGGGGGGGGGCAAGUUCUGACCUGGUUGAGCACGAUUCCGUUAGUUGAGGCUUCUAUCUAACUUAGCUGAUGAGUGUCAAUACCACUAUGUUGAAUACCCCAAUUCAGUUGAGAGCUCCGCGUCUGGCGAAAGCUCGUUAGUUAUUACCCACUGGAAUUCAAUAGCUGGCCGUUGCUUCCGUAAGAAAGUCAAAUGACUUGAACGAUCGUAAGUCGAUGCUCGUCUCUCGGGUUUUCACGGCAGCUUGUAGAAUGAACACUCUGUGCAUCUGUGCCAGCAUUGAACACCACACUGGGACAGCUAGCAGCAGCAAUGCUAGCUCGACCCCGGGCCCAAGAGGAACAGUACUUGAGAUUGUCUUAUGAUAGUCCUGGCACUCCUACAAGCGCUUAUCAUGU